UAUUUUCACCUAAAAACAGCUCCUCUAAGUAUAAAUAUUUUUAAAGAUUUUAGAUUACAAUCUUUAAAGAUUAUACACCGAUCCAAAUUUUCCGGUUAGUCGCCGAUUAACCGGCGACCAUGGUUCAGUCUCUGGUUAAACCAAUCAAGAAACGUAGCCGUAAUCAUCAUCAAUGUUAGAUCCGUUGAUUCUGUUCCGUCUCCGAUCCAAAACCUGGUUCAACCGAAGAAAAAAGAAACUCACAAGGAAUAUUUGAUUUUAUGUGUGUUUUUUGGAUUUUAAAUUUUGUGUGUACAAAUUAGGGUUUGUGAAUAUUGGGAAAGUGGAAAAAAUGAGCAUGAGCGCGGCGGCGGAGGAUGAAACAGAGCAGGAGAUUCAUAUUCCAGCUGAAAUAGACUGGGAAAUGCUCGAUAAAUCGAAGUUUUUCAUCCUCGGCGCCGCGCUUUUUUCGGGCGUAUCGGCUACUCUUUAUCCCAUUGUUGUAUUAAAAACUAGGCAACAAGUGUCGAAUUCGCAACUUUCGUGUUUAAAGAUUGGUUACGGGUUGCUUAAGCAUGAGGGUUUUCGAGGUUUAUAUAGAGGGUUUGGUACUUCUUUAACGGGUACUGUUCCGGCUAGGGCUUUAUACAUGGCUGCUCUUGAGGUUACCAAGAGUAAUGUGGGUACUGCUACUGUUCGGUUAGGUUUUCCGGAGGCGACUGCUGCUGCUACUGCUAAUGCGGUGGCGGGAUUGAGUGCUGCUAUGGCUGCUCAGCUUGUUUGGACUCCUAUUGAUGUUGUGAGUCAGAGACUUAUGGUUCAAGGAGGUAAUGGUAAAUUAGGGUACGGGAGUGCAUCAUCAAUGUGUAAAUAUUCGAAUGGGAUUGAUGCGUUUAGGAAAAUUGUUAGAACUGAUGGGUUUAGAGGAUUAUAUAGAGGUUUUGGGAUAUCUAUAUUGACUUAUGCACCUUCCAAUGCGGUUUGGUGGGCUUCUUACUCUGUUGCGCAGCGAAUGGUUUGGGGCGGUAUUGGGUGUUGCUAUAGUAGUAAGACGUUUGGUGAUGGGAACGGGAAUGGAAAUGGGAAUGGAAACGAGAAUGUUGGUGGGAUUAGUGGUAACAAUGUGGUGAGACCGGAUCCGAAAACUGUAAUGGCAGUUCAGGGAGUCAGUGCAGCAAUGGCAGGUGGUGUUUCAGCUUUAAUUACAAUGCCACUUGAUACAAUUAAGACGAGAAUGCAGGUUUUAGACGGGGAGGAAAACGGAAGGCGUGGACCGACUAUCGGACAGACUGUUAGAAAUCUUGUUAAGGAAGGUGGUUGGACGGCUUGCUAUAGAGGAUUAGGACCAAGGUGGGCUUCAAUGUCUAUGUCUGCAACAACAAUGAUCACUACUUACGAGUUUCUUAAACGUCUCUCGACCAAGAACCAAGAAGUUCUGCAUUGAUAAAGAAGUUAUCAAGGUUUUUUUUUGCUCUCUUGUAGCUUUGUCUAAAUGCUGUCCAAAUUUCACUGUGUUUUUGCUCUUUGUUUACCUUUUUGCCUGUCUAAGAAUGAAAAAUGAUCAUUGUAAAUGCUUGCAAGCUCUUUACCAUGUAUAUAAACAUAAAAGUUUUGUUC